CAUUCUCAAACCGGAAUGAACCCCACCAUUAGGACCUUUCUGUUUCGGCUCGCUCGACUCGCGCGGCACCCAGUACAGCUCAUUUUCUGUUACGACGGCGAUCAGCGGCCCAAUGUCAAAAGAGGCCAUCGUGUGUCUACAAAAGACCACUGGAUGGUCCAGCCCACUCAGCGUAUCCUCAACGCGUUCAACAUGCAAUGGAUUACGGCUGCGGGAGAGGCUGAAGCUCAACUAGCCUUGAUGAAAAAUGCAGGGAUCAUUGAUGCUGUCAUGACUGAUGAUAGCGAUGCCUUUGUCUUUGGUGCUCAGACCGUCCUUCGAAACUCGUCAUUCUCAGCUGAUGCAACUGCGACCGUCAAGAUGUACACUACUAGUUCCAUCCAGGAACGGGUGGAACCACACCUUACCAUCGACGGAUUCAUGACCAUGGCUGUCUGCUGUGGUGGCGACUACGACAAUGUAAGUUAG